AGAAAAUCACACAAUGUCUAAGAUAAAAGACAAUUCGUGGUCCCAUGGGACCCUUAUCAUUUGGAUCAUCUAUUUCGUCGGGAUCUUUCAUCUUGGUAGCUCGCUAGAGGAAGGAUUUGAGGAGAGCCGAGAGGUACAUCGUAGGCCGAUUCGACAACCGACCAGCAAAACCCUUGCCGAAGCUCACGAAUUCCUUCGAAAUUACACAGAGGAAGGCGAACGCGUCCUUUCCGCCUCAACAGAGGCGACGUGGAAUUACGAGGCUAACCUGACGGAUGAGAACGCACAGAAAGAUGCUGAGGAAUUGCUAAAAGCGGCUCUUUUCGAUAGGAAAUCGGCAAAUAGGGCCAAAGAAUUCAACGACGUCAUCGAUGAUUUCCCCGCCAAAGUCCAACGCCAGUUCAUGUUCAUCCGUGAUAUCGGGGUAGCAGCGCUUGACAAGGAAACAGUAGAAGAGUUCAAUCUUAUCUUAACAAAUUUAAGUGAGAUUUACAGUACGAGAAAGGUGUGCAAGCCCGACAAUGCGACUUUCUGUCUCAAUUUGGAACCUGGUCUGGAUUCGAUCAUGGCUUCGUCGAGGAAUUGGGACGAAAGGGUCUGGGCUUGGAAGGGGUUCCGUGAUGCAGUGGGUAUACCCAAUAAACCUCUCUACGCAAAGUACGUCCAACUCGUCAACCAAGGAGCAAGGGCAAACGGAUACGAGGACCAAGGUCAUGCCUGGAGAGCCGAGUACGGUGACGACAUCGAAGAGCAGGUGAACGAGAUAUACGACGCCAUCUUGCCUCUUUACAAGCAGCUCCAUGCGUAUGUCAGAAGGCGGCUGCACGGGGUGUUCGGUGACAACAUCAAGGUGAAAGGAGGGCAUCUUCCUGCAAAUGUGCUUGGUGAUAUGUGGGGUCGUUUCUGGAACAAAAUCUACCCCAUGGUGGUACCUUAUCCCGAUCGUCCUAGCGUAGAUGUGACUGAUACCAUGGUGAAACAGGGUUACAACGCCACGCAUAUCUUCCACACUGCCAAUGAUUUUUUCACAUCGUUGGGACUCAUUCCUGUCGAUGAACAGUUCUGGGAGAACUCGAGGUUCACCCGACCCUCCGACGGUAGAGAUGUUGCCUGCCAUCCGUCAGCUUGGGAUUUUUAUAACAGGAAUGAUUUUAGGAUAGCGAUGUGUACGGAGAGCACCAUGCAUUACUUCUUGGUAGCACACCACGAGAUGGGCCAUAUCCAGUACUUCCUCCAAUACAAGGACCUACCGGUACCGUUCCGAGACGCUAACGGUGCGUUCCACGAAGCCAUCGGAGAGGUCAUGUCCCUCUCCGUAUCCACGCCCAAGCAUCUCCAGGAAAUUGGGCUGUUUGAAGGCCUCGAGGAUGGCGACACCGAAAACGAUAUUAACUUUCUACUCAAGACGUGUUUGAGCACCAUCGCGACUUUGCCGUUCACACUCUCGUUAUCGCAGUGGAGAUGGGACCUGAUGAGAGGCAAAUAUGACGUCGACAACUCUAUGAAACCGUGGUGGGAACUUAGAAAUACUCUUGCAGGCGUAGAUGCGCCCGUCGAACGAUCAGAGGACGACUUUGACCCAGGAGCGAUGUAUCACUUCAUCAUUGAUUACCCCUUUAUUGGUUACUACAUCCGCACAAUUCUGCAGUUUCAGUUUUAUCAGAGUCUGUGUCAGGUAGCAAACCACACUGGCCCUCUCCACACCUGUGACUUCUACAAUUCGAAAGAAGCUGGGAAGAAACUCGGUGACAUGCUGGCGAUGGGAAGGAGCAUGCCUUGGCAGGAUGCAAUGGAGGCCCUUACCGGUCAACGCGAGAUGAAAGCAGACGCCAUCUUGGAAUACUUUCAGCCCCUCAUGGAAUGGCUAGAACGAACCAAUGCCGAAAACGAGGAAGUAGUCGGAUGGCCCUCCACUUCAGCUGCAGGUGUAACUCUAUCGAAUAGUCCUCUCCAUCUACUCGUUCUCUCCCUGAUGUUGUAUUUGCUGAAACACUCACUGACCUGUUGAUUAGCCAACUUGAUGAGCAUUUAUGUGGACAAAGUUCUUAU